GCAGCCUCGAUCGUUAUUACUCCGUAUUGACUUGUCCCGACCGCCGGCCGUAGCCAUUGUUAUUUCCGUCUCUAACCUGUGUUUGAUCCUCGAAUGACCUUUUUUGCGGGGUAAUUCGCCCUGAACCAUGUGCAACGACCUUCUCUUGCAUGGGCGCGUGGAUCUAUGUGGGGAUCCCUUGCCGAGCCUUCGGCGUUGGAUUGGUUCGUCAGCUAUCUGAGUGGGCGCCCUCUCGUCCUGUGAUAUGGAACAGUGUUGCUCCUCUUAUGCUUAUGCGCAAGGCCUUCGUCAAGACUUGUCUAUUGUCUGGACCUCUCUUGUGCGAAGUGUGUAUCACCUACUGGUGGACCGGCGGCUCGUCGUGUGCUCAUGACCGGAUGACUACUCGGCCCAAACUGUCAAUGAUCCUGACCUAUGGACCAGCAUUGCCUCGUCUAUCUGAUAUUAGGCAUCCAAUGACUACCGCUUUUCGUGCUGGAGACUGUAUCCUACCUCGUUCUCUAAAGUCUGUUUCGUUCUUCAGCGCCGUUCUCCGAGGACCUGCCUUUCUCAGCACUCUUCCCGGCUUCUGUGCUCAUGUGGGGCCCCAGGGUAGAAUCCCGCACCAAGGCUUCCCCUUCUCUCUCCAAUAUCUGAACAUGAUCGAACCAUAGUAUUAAC